UUGCUGCUACAGACAGUGGGCUGGGCUGGUCGGCAACACUUUAGUAACAUUUAUGGGCUUCUCGUGUUAAUAUUCCUAGUAGAUAUACAUAUAUAUAUUUAUUAUUUUUAUCGUUUUUUUAAGCGGAACUAGGUACAAUUAUUUCGUGCCACACGGAACUUGGAGUUAAAGCAAAAGCUAAAUCAAGUAAACAAAAGUAACGUUAGCAACAAGUAACAACACAUGUGGAUGAGAGGGUGUUAAUAUAAGCACAGAAGAUGUUUAAAAACACUUUUCAAAGUGGAUUCCUAUCUAUCUUGUAUAGUAUUGGCAGCAAACCUCUUCAGAUAUGGGAUAAAAAGGUUAGAAACGGUCACAUAAAGAGGAUUACAGACAAUGACAUCCAGUCACUGGUUCUUGAAGUGGAGGGAACAAAUGUCAGCACAACCUACAUCACAUGUCCAGCAGACCCAAAGAAGACACUUGGCAUCAAACUCCCAUUUUUGGUUAUGAUCAUAAAGAACUUGAAGAAGUAUUUCACCUUUGAAGUCCAGGUGUUGGAUGACAAGAAUGUGAGAAGGCGGUUCCGUGCGAGCAACUACCAGAGCACCACUCGAGUGAAGCCCUUCAUCUGCACUAUGCCCAUGAGGCUGGACGAUGGCUGGAACCAGAUCCAGUUCAACCUGUCCGACUUCACGCGGCGGGCCUACGGCACCAACUACAUUGAGACACUGCGUGUGCAGAUCCAUGCAAACUGCCGCAUCCGGAGAGUUUACUUUUCUGACAGACUGUACUCAGAAGAUGAGCUACCGGCAGAAUUCAAACUGUAUUUACCCGUACAAAACAAAGCAAAGCAGUAGCUAUUCUCUACAACCGUAGGGAAUCUCUUCUCCGACCCCAUUCUUGAUGUGAAUUUUAUCUGCAGAUUGUCUGGUGAAUUUAUCGUAUGCUUAUUUUACUUUUACAUAUUUCAUAAACCAUGUAAUUGUUGCCUAAAUUCAAGUUUUUUCCCCCCCUGCACAAUAAACAUUUUAUAUGCACAAUAAA